AUGCCUACUCGAAACAAGGACAAGGUCGUGACCCUUCCCGUGGGCCCCCGCGUGCAGGGCAUGACGGGAGUGGUGCUGGGUAGCCUGGUGUUGGCCGCUCACAACUUCAGUCUGGACCUGACUGUAGCCUCGCCCAACAGCCUCGUCACCGGGGCUGUACUGGUCAUCACGGGCCUCAUGCAGUUUUCCGCAGGAGUCCGUCUGCUCCGUAGGCGAUGUCACACCCUGACCACCCUGUACCUGUGUCUGUCCGUGCUCUGGGGUUCCCUGGGGUCCGCCAAAAUCCUGGAGGGGUUAGACAUCCUCUCCUUGAACGCCCGUAACCGUGUAAGUCUGCCUGGCAUGAGGAAGGAAAGACAAGAUGCAGGCGAAGGAGAUAACGAAGUCGUCAAGAACGACAUCCUGGCGUUUGGAUGUAGUCUACAACCUCUGCUUUGCCAUUCUGGUCCUUUCCCUUCCAACUACAGGCCUGAACAGUACCUAUCUAGGUAUCGCCAGUAUUUUGUUGCUGUUGAUCUCACUUUACUGCACUUUUGCUUUGACGCUGAACUCUGCUUUCCGGAGAACUCUUGUUCCUGUGGGAGAAGUCUUCUACCUGAGGAGUCGCUACGAGGGGUCUUCGCUCGCUGCCGGUGUGCUCGGCACGGCUAUGAGAGUUUGCCGUCCAGCCCAACCACAACUCCUUCCGCGUCGAGCGACAUCCUCGGCUACUCGAAGUACGCCAGUGCGGACACGCUGGGGUUCCUGUCCAAUGCCGUGACAGCUCUAGCCGUGGCGCUCUUGUCUACCGGAGACAAGUCUCUGGUCCUCCCCUGGGUGAUCGUACCGGGAGGAGUCAUCCAGUUUGUGGCGGGAACCAUCAGCUUCUCCCGCGGGAAGACGUUCGAGAGCACGGCGUUCCUGGUGUACAGCAUGAUGUGGCUGUUGUGUGGGUCUGUCAGGUACUCUGGUGUCUACAGGGGCAGUGAAGGACUCGGUGUGGCGGCAGGAGCCGCGUCCUUUCUUCUCUUUAACCUGUUCGUCAUCUUCUUGUCUGUGGUGAUCAACAAGGCGUGGUUGGUCCUGUCCGUGGUGUUUGAGGUGGUUUGUGUGCUGUUCCUGUUAGACUCGCUAGGCGUCCAGACUAGUCAGUACUUUGAGCUGGCAGUGAUGUGUGUGUUUGGCGCGGUGUGUGUGUACUGUUUCUGUGUGCACCUGCUGAACGGUAUGUGUGGGGAUGAGGUGAUGUCCCUGGGGAGCCCGCUCCUGACCCUGGGGAGGGGGCGCCGCGACAGGGGUGGGGAACAGGGGUGUGUCAUAGCGGACGCCAGGAAAGCUAACGGUGUCAAACAAAUCGCAGAGCUCCUGAAAGACGGCGGGAUCUGUGGCAUGCCUACAGACACCGUGUACGUGCUGGUGGCCGCCUGUAACCGGCCUGCCGCCGUGGAGAGGGCCUACCGCACCAAAAAACAAGCGGAGGAGAGACCCAUGUCCAUAUGGAUCUCACAGUUGAGCCAGCUGGAGCCGGCCAGGCAGGAGUUCGGGCCGCUCCUGUGGGACUUCAUGAAGGAGGUGUGGCCGUCCUCCAUCAGCCUCGUUAUCAAGAGAGGUCCGUGGCUGGACAGGUUUGGGCUGGGAGACUCCGCCCGCUACAUCGGCACCCCUGAGAGCAUCGCCAUCCGCAUCCCAGACUGCACGGUCGCCACCCACCUGAUCGACCUGGUGGGACCCAUCGCCGUGACGUCAGCUAACCCGUCCGGGGAGGCCGACACCACGCACCACUCACAGGUCACGGCCAAACUCGGAGACAAUGUUGACGGAGUACUUUGUGACGGGCCAUCACCUGAGAACAUCGCCUCGACAGUCGUGAACUGUACGAAGAUUGACGAGGGCGACCUCGGCUUCUUUCGCGUCGGCAUCGUGCCGAAGGCGACAGUCCUCGGCAUCUUCGAGUCGGUUCGUCGGCGUCACAGCGGUAGCGGUUCCGCGGGAGGACGUAACGACAGCGCCGCACGACGUCGCCACGACGGGUCAUCUACCAACAUGGCGCGAACCCGCGUCAACGUCGACGUCGUCCGGGGCGUCGCGUCAGACCUGGCGGGAAUCGUGGUCCAUCAAGCCCAGGACGACGACUCGGACAUCGGCGGUUUACCACAUGUCGCGGUCAUCGGUGGCGCCGACACAACGGCUAACUCUCUCGCGUUCUCCACAACCAAUCUUCUAGACUUGAAAUCUUAAAACCCUUGUCCCGCUGACCCCAACAAUUUUUGUUUUGCACAUACAAUACAAUCUAUAUAGCACCCAGUACAGGUACGAUUUGGGGGUAUUUCUCGUGCAACGCAUCACACCGCAGCGAAACGCAACGAAUGCGGAAGUAACUAUGCCACUGCAGAGCAAAAAAAUGGGGGUCUAUGAUCUAAUUAAAACAUGAAAUUAUUGAAAAAUAUUGUGUCAGAAAUGCCAGCAGGAUAAGGGUUAAAAAUGCCAUGAAAAAUACCUUCAUGUAUAAGUCCAUUCCAAAAUGGAAGGGCCCGCCUUCUGGCGUUCAAUCGGCUAGUAAGUGUAAGUUUCGGGAGGAGCUUUGUAUGUAUGUAAAUCAAUCAGUUAAUCAAUCAGUUAAUCAGUUUAAUUUGAAAUAGAUAUAGAAUGUAAAUAUAGCCCCAAUGAUUUUCAUGUAGUUUGCAUGUCUUGUGGUUGUAUGUUUUAAUGUCCAGGAAGAUUAGCUGUUUACAAAAUUGAUGUUAUAGUGUCAUCUAACGGACAUACAUGUAGAAAAAUAUCCAUCCAUGGUACCCAAAAAUUACAGUCAUCUGAGACAGAAAAUAAUUAAAGCUUCGGUCGUGCGUCAAAACUACUACAUGACUAUUAAGUGUAAAUACCCUUUAUCCUAUUGUCAACAUAGAUUAGACUUUACUUCAAUGACAGCAAAAGUGAGACUUUGUCAUAGUGAUCCUUGUUUCCAUGGUAGUAUCAUAGUUUGCACAAAUAUCAGCCUAUAUGAUUGAAUCGUACAAUACUUUUAGAACUUACUUGGAAACAAGAACACAAUCCGAUAUGAUAGCAGCAAAUGAAUAUGCAGUCGCAGUAUGUGUACAGAAGUAGACGUUGAUUUCGUUGGUUAUUAAUUAAUCAAAGGUUGACGGAAAGCAUUUAUAUCGUGAACAGUACGUCUCCAUUGUGCGUAGUUUUAUAUAGUUA